UCAGAGACUGGUUUCUUUCAUGACUGACCUGCGAGGAGCCGACAGCUUGUUGCAGAAGGCCAUAAAGAAAGUGGAUGGCAGUAAGAACUUAGACACAGCACAGGAAGUGCAGCAAUGCAUUCAGGAACAGAGGGCCUCAAUGAAAGAGGUGCUGGAAGACACUCGAAUGUUGACCCUGCAAAGAGAAGGGGGGGCCAUUCUAGCCAGAAUGAGGAGGGAGGAGUUCAGGUUUCCCCAGUCUGAGGACUACAGAGAUGCUCUGGAGUCUGUGACUAUUCUGUAUAACCAGGUGGAGGAGAAGCUCCACACCCUGGUGAUGAGAUCGAACGAGUCACUGCAGCAGCUGGAGCUCCUCUUCAGGCUCAGAGAGACAGAGGCCAACAUUAGCACGGCUGGGAUAUGGUUCAAUGCAGAAGGCGAGCAGAGGCUGAAGAACUCUUACACAACAAAUGAGUCCCUGAUGUGCACUGAAGAGGCCUUGCAGCACUUUGAUGUGUUUCACGCAGAGUCUAAGGAGAAACAACAAUGCGCCUUGACCCUGGUGACGGAGGCAGAGGGACUCGUUGGGGCGAGUGAGUCCAGUCCUGCAUCAGAAGUUUUUCGGACUUUGCUCAGCACUUUCAAAUCCAAUGUGGAUGAUUUUAUGGUGCGGGCAGAACAGAGGCACAAAGAACUGAACACACUGGUGCAUGUGCACCGCUUCUGUGACCAGGCGUCUGCUUUGGCCAAGGAAUGCAGUCAUUUUCUGGAGCAGGUAGAGCCAGGGUGUUACUCAGCUCAGACCCUGAGAACACUCCAAAUGUAUGUAGAGAGAUUAGGUGGCGAAUUCUCCACCCUGCAUUUCCAGGCUGUGAAAGCUAAGGCCUGUGCUGUGGGAUCAGGGGCCUCGGGGCUGAUGAAAGUGUGGAAUGCCGCCUUGGUUCAGUGCCAAGAACUUAGGCAGCGUCUUGAGGAGAGGGAAAAGAAGAAGAAUGGCGUAGAUAAGAACCAGAUCCAGCAGACCACAGCUGCAAACCCUCAAGAGGUAUAUGGAGGAGUAGAGAAGGAGGAGAAAAGGAGCGAGUUGGGGGAGGACGAAUGCUCCCUGAGACAGCAGCCAACCCCUCAGAAAGAGGUCGUCAAUAUCUCAAAAAGUGAAGGAGAUAGCACCACUGCUGCAUGCCUCAACUACGAUUUAAAACAGGACUUGAAAGAUGGUGAGGGAGGAGAAUCCCAAGCACAUAAAUUACACGGAGAAGAAGUUAAAAUCAAAAACAAUUCUCCAGUUUUUCCACAAAACGGCCAAUUUCCUCCAGAAACCAAACAAAUGUUGAGAACACAUCACAGUGAGGAAGAUCUGAGGAGAACAGACUCAAUUAAUGAGGGCGAUGAUCUCCCAUUGCACCAACCUUUGGGUCGGUCCCUGAGCGAGGGCUCAUGUGCGAGCUCUCAUUUGACAAGCAUCGUUGGCCUUUCACCUUUAAAUGUGAGACACAAACACUGUCAGCCACUGGAACCAAAUCUGCAGACCGUCCAAAAUCUGCCCGUUUCCCAUAACGAGAGUUUACGGUCAGGAAACCUGAGCUGCGAGUCAAAAACAGACAGUAAUGAAGAGGAGGGUGGAGGAUGCUCGGCCUCUACACAGAGCCCUAAGGAUUUAAAGACCCCAGAGACAUUACUCACACCAACAGAAAACAAUGGCAGCAAUGUUUUGAAACUGCGGAGGAUCAUGGAGGAGCUGCUGUCCACAGAGAGGGAGUACGUCAAGGCCCUGUGUUAUGUUCGAGAUCACUACUUCCCCGAGCUGGAGAGGCCCGACGUCCCUCAGGACCUCCGAGGCCAGAGGGGGAGCAUCUUCGGCAACUUAGAAAAACUCCACGACUUCCACCGGCAUCACUUCCUGAAAGAGUUGGAGAGCUGCUUGGAUGAACCAUUCAGAGUGGGACGCUGCUUCUUACGACAUAGAGAAAGCUUUGCUUUGUAUGCUCUUUACAGCAAGAACAAACCACAGUCUGAUUGUCUUCUCAUUAAUCAUGGACAGUGCUUCUUCAAGCAAAAGCAGCUGAAGCUGGGGGAUAAGAUGGACCUGUGGUCGUACCUGCUGAAGCCUGUGCAGCGGAUCAGUAAGUACAGCCUGUUGCUGCAGGACAUGAUGAGGGAGUGCGGUCCGGGACAAACCAGAGAGAUGGCUGAGGUCAAGGCCGCCCUGGAGGUCGUCCACUUCCAACUUCGCCAUGGCAACAACCUGCUGGCAAUGGACGCCAUCCACCACUGCGACGUUAAUCUGAAGGAGCAGGGGCAACUGAUACGGCAGGAUGAGUUCUUGGUCACAUUCAGGAAGAAAAAAUGUUUACGCCACAUUUUUCUCUUUCAAGAACUGAUUCUUUUUAGCAAAACCAGGAAGACGGAUGUAGGAAAUGAUACAUAUAUCUACAAACAGUCAUUCAAGACGUCAGAUGUAGGCAUGACCCAAAACAGUGGUGACAGCGGCCUGUGCUUUGAGAUCUGGUUCAGGAAGAGGAAAACCCAGGACACAUACACACUUCAAUCAGCCAGUCGGGAGGCGAAGGACGCCUGGACCAAGGACCUGGAGCGUAUCCUGUGGGAGCAGGCAGUACACAACAGAGAGAUCCGUAUGCAGGAGAGAGUGUUCAUGGGUAUUGGAAACAAGCCGUUCAUGGACAUCCAGCCCAGUGAUGCAGCAAUCAAUGACAGAGCUGUCAACUAUGUACAGAUGGGAAGAGGAAACAGGGUCCUGUCCUCACUUGGGCCAUUGGAUGGGUUUCUUGGGGUUCGACCCAAAUCUGGAUGUUCAGGAAGCAGCUCGUCCUCUUCCUCUUCAUCUGGAAGAGGUUCCCUGUCUCCCGGGGGAUACCUGUGUGGGCCAGAGAGGAGGGGGGUUACGGGGGCCCUUGGAGGAUACGCAUUGCCUUCUGGAGUUAUAGAGGACGACGACCUGGACCAUGAGAGUGGGAGUCACAGCUUAUUGCUGGACAGCUCCGAGUCAUCUGGAGAGAGUGUGAGUGGCUUCAGCUGCUCCAGUCACAGCUACCAAUCGGCCGUUGGAGGAGAGGUGGAGGAAUCCUCUUCCCUUUGUUCCUCCAUGAACACUGUUAAAGAGGCAUUGGUUGCUCAUAGGACUGAAGCCUCUGCAGUCUUCCAAAAACCAAAUGCUCUGGCAGGAUCCCCAGUAAAAACCCAACCACCAGUUGCACCAAAGCCCAAGAUUAAACUACAAAAACAGACCAAGGACCUGCCCUGCGGCAAGGCUCAGAACACCAGUGUUGGAAAAUCCACUGAAGUUUGACCUGUGAUGCAGUACAAGGUGAGUGUUUGGAUUUCAUCCAAGAAAUGCCAUCUGUUGACGACAGCGUUGAAGAUGAAACCAUUCAAACAGACAUCCUUUUAUAGACCAACUGUAAUCCAUAACCACUCUGUAAAUAGUUGUCCUAAUAAUUGUUUUUAAAAAAGUCUGUAAAUGUACUGUACUCAAACAUUUCAAAAUGCUUAACUGACAUACUGUCCCUGUAAACCAGUCUCAUAUCUCUUGCAAAGGAUCAUAGAGUUUCUGCAGUCUUUCAGUGCUUGCCUGCUAUUUGUAGCACAAUGCUAAUAAUCGUGGUGAAAUGAAAUGAGCAGAAUGUUAUUAACAAGCAACUUACGGAUUCUAGAGGAGUUUUGUAAAAUGUGGAGGUCCGUGAAGAAUUGUAUCACAAAGGCAGCAAACACCAUUAUGCCUUUUUGUCCCAUAUGUAUUUCCUUUUGUACAGAUUUAUCAAACUUGUUAAAACAUGUCGUACUUUUUUCCUCAAAAAUAAAACACAUUCACUCUUUCCUUUCUUUUGA